AUGGGAGGAUCUUUGCCUCCCAAAUCCAUGGGUGGCAUGGGGUUCAGGGACCUGCGAGUUUUUAACCAAGCUCUCCUAGCAAAACAAGGGUGGAGACUCUACAAUAACACCAACUCCCUACUAUAUGGUGUCCUAAAAGCUAGAUAUUAUAAGAAAUCUGAUUUUAUAAAUGCGGCAAGGGGACAUGAUCCAAGUUAUAGUUGGCGUAGUAUAUGGGGUGUGAAGGCCCUUCUCAUUGACGGAUUGAAAUGGAGGGUAGGGAAUGGAUCAUCCAUCAAGGUUAGUACAGAACAGAUGCGUGUCUUCACAUCGCUUUGUUGGGCAGCAUGGCAUUGCCGAAACAAGCAUAUAUUCGAAGGACCUGGAGAAAUAAGAGCAGUGGAGAUUGCUAGGGGCUUUGUGUGUUUCUCAUCAGAUUAUGGGAUGUAUAACUCGAAGCUAAAGGGUGGAGAAAUGAGAAAAAAUGGUUUAGCAAGCUCACGGUCCUUACCCCCUGCUGGGGUUGUGAAGUUAAACGUAGAUGCUCAUGUAAGGGAAGGGGCUGGGGUCCAAUUCGGUGCUGUAAUUCGUGAUGAGAAUGGGACGUUGCUGGCUGCUGCAGUAAAGAAGUGUGAGGUACGGUGGUCGUCAGACAUGGCUGAGGUUGGAGCUAUGAGAUACAGGUUGGAAUUGGCAAGAAGACUUGGCUUUGAGAAGGUAGCUCUGGAAAGUGAUGCUCUCACAGCUGUUCGAGUAAUCCAAUCGAAGCAAAUUGGGGCUGCACCCAUUUUUCUCUUGUUUGACGAUGUUCUGAAAUUAAGUAAUGAGUUUUCUUUUUUCUCUUGUAAUCAUGUCAAAAGAGCAGGAAAUACGGUAGCCCAAUUCUGUUGCUAG